AUGUCCACCGACGAAGAAGCCAGCCAACUGGCCCUUGACGACGGCUCUCUGUCCUUCAAUGACGCCUUCACCACUACUGGUGCCACACCCGACCAGUCCCUCAUCGCAAACGACAUCUCCAAGUCGCUCUUCGACCCCAAUAGCGUCUGGGACUUCCAGGGCACUUCCUCUUUGGAAUCCUACAACCUAACGACCCCCAGUGGCUCCGCAUCGCAGCCCGAGUUCAUGCCGCAGCCCUGGUCCUUCCAACCCUUUGUGAACCAACCCGAGACAUCAUCCGCCUCAUCACAGUCGGCCAUCUCGGCCGGCAUCAACCCCAUUAACCUCUUCUCCAACAGCUCGGAUCCCAACGGCUUUGCAACUGCUGCGCCCAGCGAGGACGGCCGCGCCUCCAACGCCAGCUCCCGCCGACCCGAUGCGCAGCCGCCUCGAUUUUCCACUUCGCUCGCCCCGGCCGUUGAAGAGAAGCUUCGUAACAUUGCGAUGCCUGGCGGCCUGCCCCGCCAUUCACUUCACAUGUCCAGCCCCGACUCGUCCAAGAGCGAGACUAAGGCGGGCAUCAUGUCUUCCCCCGAGGAUGGCACCGACGGCAGACACGAGUCGAGGAAGCGCAAGGUCACAUCGGAGCCCGAGGACGAUGACGAUGACGAUGAGGACAAGCCCGUCAAGAAGACGGCGCACAACAUGAUUGAGAAGCGCUACAGAACAAACAUCAACGAUAAGAUUGCUGCCCUGCGAGAUAGCGUUCCAAGUCUGCGCAUCAUGACCAAGAGCGCCCGGGGCGAAGAUACGACCCAGGACCGCGAAGAGCUGCAUGGCCUCACACCUGCACACAAACUAAACAAGGCUACAGUCUUGAGCAAAGCUACCGAAUACAUCCGUCAUCUUGAAAAGCGAAAUAACAGACUGCUGGAAGAAAACAACGCGAUGCAGGCUAGAAUAGCCGCAUUUGAGAAGCUCUUCAUGGCGGGUGCCAUGAACGGCUCCAUUAGCUCCCAUCAACCACCUCCAGCACAGAUGCAGUUCCCGCAGGAUGGCCAGCCGAGCUUCAUGCAGAGUCCCAUGCCGCAGCAAGAAAACGGCGAGGCGCCCGCUGGCAUGAUCCAGGUCCCCGACGACAUGAGGCGCAUCCUUGCCGCCCAGAUGGCUACCGGGCAACCUUACCCGGUGCCUCAGCAGCAGGCCUUCCAGGGCAACAACCCCGCCGUCGUCCGUCAACAGCAAAUUCAGCAGCAGCAGGUCCAGCAGCAGCAAGGUGCCUGGUCCAACGCCAGCCCCUACUUUGGAAAGCUCAUGGUUGGCUCGCUCGCCGGUCUCAUGGUCAUCGAAGCCUUCCGCGAAGACGAAGUCAGCAACGAAACCCCAGAGGGCCGCGGCCUGUACGCCCUUCCCGUGCAGCUGCUCCGCACUGCUGCCAAGGGCCUCGACUUUCACUACCACGGAUACCACAUUCACACCUCAAUCCAGUCUAUCCUCUUCCUCGGCGUCUUCCUAUGGAUCUUCGUGCCUUCGCUAUUCCAAUCGGCCGACGACAACCUCAAGAAGCAGGGCGGCGGCCAGCUGCGUGCGGCCCCGUCCAUGGCGGCCCCCAUCCACGUUCGACGACAGGCAUGGGCGACAGCCAUUCAGACAGUCUGGGUGCCGCGCCACAACUUCUUCCUCGAGGCUGCUGCGUUGCUGCUCAAGACGGUCAAGCUUAGCCUGCGCAACGCCAUCGGCUGGCACGGCUAUCAAAUGCUGACCGGCACAACCCAAGAGGAGGAAACUGCCCGCAUCAAGGCCUGGUCCAUCGCUCUCGACUCGCAGCUGGCAGGCGGCGAUGUGGAAGUCUGCACUCGUCGUCUUUUGCUGACAUUUCUGGCCUCGAACACACUUCCAGAUACGCCUAUCCGUCUCAUGCUCAAGGCUUUGCACAUUCGCGUGCUGCUGUGGAACCUUGGCCAGAUUCGGUUUUUACCUGCCAACAUGAUUGCUGCCAAGAUAGCCCGCUCCAGGUGGAACGAGGCCCGUCAGCUCAACCAACUCCUCAUCCAGCUUCGGAGCGACCCUACGAAACCGCAUGAAGAUGAACUUCCCGAACACAUCACAGCCCUGGUGGAGCGUGACUGCGACGAGGUCCUCACAGAUGCUGUUGUUCACCGAGCCGUCAAUCUCGCAUUUAACAAGGAUACCACCGAGGGCGUCGUGCCCAGUAUCGAUGGAAUGGAUUCCGUCGUUCACGACAUCUAUGUCGGCACGCCGCUGGAUGCAGCUGCCGCGUGGUGGUCUACCUGUCUCUUGCACGAUUUCCUUUCAGAAGCCCUCGACACAAAAGACAUCAACCGAGAGAACCUCGAUACCGCUUUCGAAGUCGCCCCUCCAGGUUCCAUCGCCAGGUUGCGUGCCUCGCUGGCGUGCGCCGCCCUCGUCGACGAGACUCGCGGAGCAAGCAUCGCGUCGUCGCUGAAGCUUCUAGGAUCCGAGCGCAUCGAAAGCCCCCUCCACGAGUCCAAGUUCAUCGUCGGCUCCAGCAUCCACGCAUCGAACCCAGACUUGCUGCUGACCCUCCGCUGCGCCGUGGCCAUUGGCCAGCUCGCGCGCGCCAAAGAUGCCGCCGUCUCGCCAUCCCAGAGCCUCCGCAUCAUUGAAGCCUCGCUGCGUCCGGAAAUUGCCUCGACCAUGACGCUACUCGGCUUCACGUCCGUCAUGACGCUGCUCGAGCGCGUCAUGGCCCAACGCAACGGUGACUCAGAGGCCAUCGACGCGUCCCUGGAGAAGCUCGCCGGCACGCUGCGCGUCUGGAUCGGCGGCCCGUGCGGCGCCAACUCAGGCAUCGACUCGAACAUUCGCGGCAAGGUCGUCGAGCGCUGCCUCACCAUCACCAAGAGCCUCGUGGGCAUGGACAUGGACACGGGCUACGGAACGCUCAGCGACAUGAGUGACGACGACGAUUCUGGCAGCAACUAA